AUGCUUCAUAUUGAUUCCCCUACAAAUCUCGACGCGACCUGCAGCGGUUCCGGUACGAUGAUGACAACCAUCUUCGUGUCGAAUUUACACUGUAGCAGCUGUGUUCGUACCAUUGAGGACGCGUUAUCAUCUCUAUCCCCAGCCCCGAACAGUGUCGACGUCUCAGUUGUCACCCAGACCAUCACCGUUCGGCAUUCCACGGAGUUAUCUCCGCCGGCCAUCAGAACGGCCAUCGACCAGGCUGGGUUCGACAUCGUCGGCACUCCUACCGAUUCCAGCGAGCGUCCUUCACUUUCGUUUUCCCAUAGCAUCGCUCAACUUCCCGCCCUCAUCACGAGCAAAUCCAAGAAGCACUUUGACCAAUGC